GAAACUACAUUUCCCAUGAUGCACUCGGAAUUUACCGUGGCCACUGGACGGGGGAAGGGAAGCUGAGAUUGGAGGGAGAAACAAUCAGAAACUGAGGGCCUGUGUGCUUGUGACCAUCCCUCCUGAGGACUUUGGCUAUAUGACAGCUCUCUCCCUGACCCAUGUCCCUAUAAACUCCUGCAGUUUUUACUUUUUCUACCUGAGCAUCUGUUUUUUGGAAGGUGGAGGAUUCAACACAGCUUUGGUGCAAGUACAAUAAAAGGAAACUGUACCCAUAGAUGCACAAUAGACUAUUCCUGAGUGCCAAAGUAAUGAAGUUUCUUGGACAAGGAGAACCCAGCCCCGAAGAGCAAUGUCAUUGUCCAGCUUCUGUGUACCUGUGGUGGGGUUGAGGAGUGGGGCAGAUCUUUGGAGGAGAGGAAGGAGGCAGGUUUCCAGGAAAUGUGUAUAUUGAUGGAUAACCCUUUACUCCAGUCAGCACUUUUGGACUGAUACCUGCACGUUACCCCACGAUAAAACCAGACUGCCAUUGAAAUAAACCACACUAUCAUCCUUGGCUGGUAACCAGUACCAUGUGCUCUGCAGCGGUUUUUUCCAGCGGCUGGUAACUGUGGACGUCAAGAUAUCGGCAUACAAGGAGAAAAUGAGUCAACUAUAGAUACUUUCAGUCACUACAGAAACCAUGGCGGUCCUUGCAUCAGCUCUUCGGCCCAUCCCUGCUCCUCACUUCAGAAGCCUUUAGAGGCCGGCAUCAGGAUCGCGCUCAUUAACCGACACGCUCACAUGCAAUGGAGGAAGACAUUGAUGUCACAACCCGCAUUGAGGGUCUGAAUGGUUUGUCCUGUGAAUGUAAACCGUUUGAGGAGAUCACCAAUGGACACUCCAACCAUAAACCUGUCAUGAAUGGAGUAGUUAUAGGUCAUAGUGUCAAAGACCACACCAAUGGAAGUGCACCUCUCAGAUCAUUGCCGAUUUCAGCGCUGAAGCAGAACGGUCUCCUACAGACACUGGCAGCUGAGGACCAGCCAAAACCUGCAGAGGAGACUGAAAAUGCUGAGUUGGAAAGGGCCAGGCAGGAGUGGGACGCUUUGGAGAACAUUCAACCAGUUCUGACUGAAGACUCAAACCCCACCCCUCUCAUCCCCUUCAAUGAGGCCCUGCAGUACUUUCAGACCACAGACCUCGGGGACUUGCUGAAGAACAUCCAGCCAACCAUCCGCAGGACUGGACUGGCUGCGAUCACACACUUUCUCUUUGGCCCUCCGCGGCUGCACAGGGAGCUCCUGGAGGAGAGGGAUCUGGUGUUCGCCAUCGCACAGUGCCAUGUGGACAACAGCCAACCCGUCCACAUGCGUGUCCUCCAGACCAUUUAUAAGAGGCUGAUCGGCAGCAGACUGGACUGCCCCCGCUACGGUUCACACUGGGAAAACAUUGGCUUUCAGGGCACAGAUCCAGCCACUGACCUACGCGGGACAGGUUUCCUGGGACUGAUGCAUACUCUGUACUUUGUGAUGGACCCAGAAACUCUACCGCUGGCUAGAGACAUUUACAAGCUAUCACAACACCCUACGCAGAACUUUCCAUUCAGUGUGAUGUCAAUCAACAUGACCCGCAUCGCUCUCCAAGUACUCAGAGAGGAGGCCUUGUCCAAGGAGUGCAAUCGUCGUCAGCAAGUGGUCGGUGUGCUUAAUGAGUUCUACGUUGCCACUUACCUGCACCUGUACCAACUGUGGAAGACCCAGCAGAAGACCAUCGCUGACUCUGGUUUUGUACUAAAAGAAGUGGAGCUGUUUGCCAAAAAGAACCCCAAGCAGAUGCUGCGCCGACUAGAGGUCUUCCUGAAAGAGAGGCGGGCAGGUGGAAUCCCCCGUGGGACGUCGCCAGACCCCCAGGGCCAGCAGCCCUCUCCCAGCCUGGGGGAGCGAGCGGCCCGAGCCGGGACGGGGCAGGGAAGCAAGGGAAAGGAGAUGCACUUCACAGGAGUGUGUGAUCUACCGCCAGACAUGGAGGGAGAGGCCAGACUCAUCUAAGCUAGACUCUGUGUGAGUGUGUGUGUGUAUGUGUGUGUGUGUGUGUGUGUCUUACUCAGAGCUAGAAGAAGAGCCCCACCAGAUUUAGGACCUGCUAUCUGAACCUAUUCAAACACUUCCACUCCUUCCGCUGAGGCUGGGGUGCUGCACUUUGAUCAAAUUUAGCAUGUCGAUCUUUCAGAGUUAGAUUUGAUUUUCUUUCUUUCUUUCUUUCUUUCUUUUUAUUAUUUAUUUUUUAACCGGUGAAUUGUGUAAAGUCAGUAACACAAGAUGUCACAAUAACAAAAAGGAAAUGGAUACUUGCACUUUUCUGUGGAUUUAGCAGCUGAAUCAAUAGCUGCUAGAUUCGACCUGUCCGGGAGCGAAGGCGCGUCUCUGGCAGUGUGUGUGUGUGUGUUUGUGAGUGUGUGUCUGUGUGUGUGUUAGCAUUGCAGAGGGCGGAGAGUGGCUUUUCAAAAGGUUUUGCAUCUUCAGAGAUACAGCUUUAUCACAUGCAAUGCAGCCGAGGGCAGCCUUUGGUGCCUCUGCAUACUGUUAAAACGCCCCGUUAAUUUUAUGGUGAGGAGAAGAAAAGCGAAUCACACUGAAGCCCUGCUGGAGAGCAAAUAGAAGCAGGUUUCCAAUCAGCAGAGGGGGGGAGGAGGAUAUCCAGGCAGUUCUGAGCAGGAAGCAGAAAUUUGCUAAUCGGCAUUGUUCUUCUAAAAAGCCACACAUUGGGCUUCAAAUGCAGCUUCAUUUGAAGGUCUGAUCUCUCUGCCUUCUGAGCUCAUGUGAUUGAACUAUGUUAACAAAAUUCAGAAUGGACCCUCAGAGGUGCGGCGGUUUGUUCCAUCGGUCUGAUAGACUAGCUCCAGAGCUCCCCAAGUAAAGUGGGAAUAUAUUUUAAAUAACUAGAAGAAGAAAAAUACUAUUUAGUCCUUUCUGAGGUGGGCAGCUGUCCCUUUAAGCAUAACCUCUGAUAUGAGUAAAGUCAAAGCACUUCGGAGGUUUGUUCUCGAUCUUCAGGCUGUCCGUGAGAAAAGUUCUGACAUUGUUUCAUCUAAAACAGUCUGACUUCUCGUCUUUUCACGAUUAAAGCGACGGAAAUGCUUCGCAGCAGAGCGUGUGUGCUCAGCUGAAGCCGAAAUUCUGGAAUGAGCUUUCUCUACAUUCCGUUAAAAGCAUGUGAUUGUAAAUUUUUUUGUUUUUGUUCUGUUUGUUUUUGAACCGGUUUAAAAAAAAAAAAAAAAAAAAAAAAUUCCUGUACGUGUGAGCAAGGGUUUGUGGGUGCGUGCUUGCGUUUGUGUGUGUGCGUGUGUGUGUGUUUUAAAAUAAAUGAGCUGAUUUUGAUGAAGGGUGCCUCUCCUCUGGGAUGUGGGAGAUGUAUGGUACAGUAUGCAAUCCCAGCUCUUUACUCUAUGAUAAUCAAAGCGCUAGUGCUGUGUGAUGAUAGAAAUCGUUCCUAACUUCAGGGUUUGUGCACUUGUGCAAGCGAAUGUGUGUGUGUGUGUGCGCGUGCGUGCGUGCGUGUGCGUGUAUGUUUCUCAUAUGACAGGAACUGACUACAGAUGGGGUGCUUUCCUCUGCACACAAUAAGCCAGCUUUACUAAGUACUUGAUCCAUCAAGCUGCAAAGACGGUACUUUUUGUCUUUUUAAGAAAAAAAUAAAUAAAUGGUACAUAGCAGUUGCGAGGAUGAUGUUUAUCCCAAAACGACACGUCAUUGGUUGCUUUAAACAAAAGAAAAAUAAAACCACGUGGAUCCAGUGGUUCUGUGGCCUGGGAUGGGUAGAGCUCCUCAGCAAAGCUGGUUCCUGCUCUGUGCUCGCGUGAAACCGUCCCCCAUCGCUGUAGUCUCAAUCUGUAGCAUGUUCAGGUAGCACUAGUACUGUAGCAUCCUAUAGUCUCCUCCUCCUCCUCCUCCUCCUCUUCUUCGUAAAGCUUGUUGAUGUCACGUCUCAGUUACAGUCUGUAGUGUCAAUGAGUGCGCAAACUGUUACUACUAUAGCACAUACAUUUCAUGUUUUUACCGAGCCUCCUCCGGUAGACACACAUUUAGGUGCCACAGCGUAUGAUUUCCGAAGAGAUACGGGAUUGGCUUGACGUGGUAUUGAGCUCAAACUUGUCUUCUAAGAAGGUGAUAGUACAUUUGGUGCCUACGUCCGGUGGAGCCACGUGGGGUAGAGUGCUGGUUUGUCUUCCUUUUUUUUUUUUUUUUUUUUUUCUUUCUCUAUUUUUCAUUUGAGCCAUCGUGCCACAGUAGACUUCCUCCAUUAAUAUAACGCAGUCGACGUUACUCCCAAAACAUGCCGGCCUGGUGACUGAAUCAUCGAAAACACGGGCAUGUGAAAAAAAAAAAAAAAUUCCGAUGUCAACUCAACGCAGUUUCUGACUGUACCCAACAUGUAAAACUUCAAAGAUGAGCUGGUGUAGUUUUUGCCAAUUGUUUGCAAGUGUUUUGAUCGGUCAGGAAAAUUUGCACUGUUGUAGAUAUUUGAUAGUAUGUGUGACGUAUGCAAGAGGAAACAGGCCAUCUUCAAUAGCCAUAUUGUAAUGUUCACGAUCGUCCGCCUCAUUCAGAAGUCAGAUUCCCCCUUCCUCGUUCGAAAAAGAAGUUGCACCGCUGAUGUGAUCUCAUUUCUUAGUUUUAUUAAAUUUUAAACUGAGGAGCAGUACAGUGUAUGUAAAUCAGGAAGUUUGUAUAUAGAGAAUUAAUGAUUGUAACUGUAUGAUUGUCUGUAGGGCAUUAUACUGAAACACAUUGCUUACCUCAAAACCUGAGACAAAUCUCUUCUUUCUCUCUCCUGACGCUUGUUUGGCCUCUCAGUCCGACUCUUCUCUUUGUGUUCUCUUCUACUUAGGCCUUCUCUCAUUCCAAUUGGACAUGUAUAAUGUAUAUUCACCCCCCCCCUGAAGCACUACGUUAUAGCAAACUAACACAAAGGCUGGUCAAUGUUACGUGUAUUCUAUUUAAAGACACAUUUAUAGACACUAUAUCGGCCCACAGUCGCUCUGAUGCACACCUGCAGAUGAAAAAAAAAAACAAAAAAAAACACCUCCUUUUCAAACCGGUCUACAAUUGGCUGAUGUUUACCAUGUUGAAAUAAGCUGGGUUUUCUUGUGGCUUCAGUGGUAGUACAGUAUACUUUUGCAGUGAUUAAGUGUUUGAUGUCAGGAAAACACUCAAA